CUCAAAAGGAGCGGUUACGAGAAGAGGUCGCUCUUUCCCUAUGGCCGCGGUUCGAGUCCCUCUCUGGGCAGUCUGUGUGCUGCGGGUGGCGCUGGCCACCGUCUACUUCCAAGAGGAAUUUCUAGACGGAGAGCGCUGGAGGAACCGAUGGGUGCAGUCCACCAAUGACUCCCAAUUUGGGCAUUUUAGACUCUCGUCUGGGAAAUUUUAUGGUCAUAAAGAGAAAGACAAAGGUCUGCAAACCACUCAAAACGGCCGAUUCUAUGCCAUCUCUGCACGGUUCAAACCAUUUAGCAAUAAAGGGAAGACUCUGAUCAUCCAGUACACAGUGAAACACGAGCAGAAGAUGGACUGCGGAGGGGGUUACGUUAAGGUCUUCCCUGCAGACGUGGAUCAGAAGAACCUGAAUGGAAAAUCCCCGUACUAUAUUAUGUUCGGACCUGAUAUUUGUGGAUUUGAUAUUAAGAAAGUUCAUGUUAUUUUACAUUUCAAGAAUCAGUAUCACUCAAACAAGAAAUCAAUCAAGUGUAAGGUUGAUGCCUUUACACAUCUCUAUACUCUGGUGUUAAGACCAGACCUCACUUACGAAGUGAAAAUUGACGGCCAAUCAAUUGAAUCCGGCAGCAUAGAAUAUGACUGGCACCUAGCAUCACUGAAGACGGCGGAGAAGGCUUCGGCAGAGGCUAAGGAGUGGAAUGAGGCUACGGAUGACAAAGCCCAGGAGUGGGAAAAGCAUUUUCUGGAUGCCAGUGCCAGCAAGCCGAGCGACUGGAACAGUGAACUGGAUGGGGACUGGCAGGCGCCGAUGCUGCAGAAGCCUCCUUACCAGGAUGGCUUGAAACCAGAGGGAAUAGCCAAAGAUGUUUGGCUGCAUCAGAAGAUGAAAAAUACCAACUAUCUGACAGAAUAUGACCUCUCAGAAUUUGAGAACAUUGGUGCCAUCGGACUGGAGCUUUGGCAGGUGAGAUCCGGAACCAUCUUCGAUAACUUCCUGAUCACAGAUGAUGAAGAGUAUGCUGACAACUUUGGCAAGGCCACCUGGGGUGAAACCAAGGGCCCGGAAAGAGAGAUGGAUGACAUACAGGCCAAGGAAGAGGUGAAGAAGGCCCGCGAGGAAGACGAAGAGGAGAUGCUGAUGCGCAGGUUUGGUGGGCAAGACAAAAACUUCAAUAGAUUCCACAGGAGGAAUGAACUGUAGUCAUCCCCACCUCAGAUAAAGAUGACUGGCCAAACUUUGUUUCUACUUUAAACUACACUUAAAAGCUCAAAUGUCUCCACACAUGGUAAUUUGUCCAGUUUUCUUUGAAAAGUGUGCCUUUGCCUCUCAGUGGGGUUGGUCUGGUUUUCCCUGAGCCCCUCCCUGUGCCCCGAGAUGUCU